UGGAAGCAAUUAACGGCAACUAAAUAUACAAAGCUCUUUAUUCUUACAUCGAUCUUACAAUGCAUCACAAUUAUUAUUUUUGAAGCAUUAUUAUUAAAUCGAAAUUUAAAAUUAACUAAUGCUUGGACAAUUCAUAAUUAUGCAAAUCUUACUAAUGAUUGUGAAGGAUAUUAUGAACGAGAAUUACCGCGCUUUCCUUUCAUUCAUCUUGACAACAUUACUUUAAUAUUUUUUCAAGUAUUCAAUGAACAUUCUAUUCAAAUUCAAACAAUCGCAAUUCUUAACAUUAUAUGGGCUUUUUAUGGAAUUGGUCAAGCUUACGAAGUUUUCUACACAAUAAAUGAAGUCAAAUCAUUAAUUAACUGUGUUUCUGAAGAGAGCCUUCCAGAUGAAACGUUAGUGGAGGGAAUCGAAACAUAUCGCCAUACU